AUGGUAGAUCAGCUCAAGCAAGUGAAACAACCAGAUAUCUUGCUCCCACACCUGAAUUCUCUCCUAUUCAAACAUUUAAUAGUGGUAGCGCUUCCGCUCGGUUUUGCGGAGAGUGGACAAUCAUUAUUGUUUGCAAUCCCUCUCAUUUCCACUCUCCCCGGUUACACUAAGAUCAGCUCCCAGACUCCCAACGAUGCAACAGUAGCGAUUACAAAUGGGUAUUGUGACUGUAACCCAUGCCAGAAUGAUGGCACAUGCUGGACACUGCAGGACGGGUCCUACCAGUGUCUAUGCACUUUUGGCUAUGAAGGAGAGCAAUGUCAAAAUGAGUUGUAUCCAGAUGCUGACUAUUCAACUCUCCAUGAAGUACCACUGAUAGACUUGUUCAACGUACUGUCUUAUGAAAACCCCAGAGAAAACCCCUUCUACCAACUUGCGGCUUACUACAACACCCUGGAGACUAAAUUUGCAGCCAACCUCCUAGGAUCCGGUGCUGAGAUUAUUGAGGGAAGGAUUGGUCAGUAUUACAGACUGAUUGGUGCCCACUCCUGGCUGAAUCCUGUCUUUAACGCCCCAGGUGUGACCUGUGUGGAGCAGGGGCUAGCUGGGUGUGACCGUGGCUUGGCCGUAUCCCUAUGGGUGCUCCUUGAACAAGAGGCUCUGAAGGAAGAAGAGACAGUCCUUUUCUACUCUGGUACCAACGUCGAUGAGGCGGAGUCGCCUCAUCUGGGUAUCUUCAUAGAUGCCAACAAACGGAUGAAAUUCCAAGUAAAUGAUGGCGAUCAUGUAUGGACAGUCACAGUCUCAUCAAGCAGCCUGCCACUAGGCUCAUGGUGCAACCUCGCGAUGACCUGGCGACCAGCCUCUGACCUCCAUGCUUACAUCAAUAGCUACAAGGUGGGCACCCUGGAUGUGGUCCCAUCCCAGCGGCAAUCAACGACUGUGCCACCACCGUCAUCAUCACCGUGGGUCGUGACCCUGGGUAGUAGGGGUCAGAGGUCAACCACGUCACCAAUGGCAGUGUCCGACCUUGUCAUCUGGGACCGAUUUUUGUACGAUUUUGAGCGCCAUCGAUUUUUAGGCGUAACAGCUGAUGAACUUCAAGUCCUCCACGGAGCAGACUACCUGUGGACGACAGACGGCUACCUCAGGCGAGACCAAGUCGCCCUCCUGUCCCAGCAUGGUAUUGCAGCUACAGGGCCUAUUGCCUACUCAUCAAAACCUGCCCAAGUCCCUGGACGAGAUGACAAAGGAUGGGCCAUGAAUGUGGACGGGGUUUCAGAUCAGUGGCUUGCCCUUGGUGAUUUCGCAGAUACUUGUGUCAGUGACCCAUCGCUCUGUCCCGACGGAAUCACCUUUGCAUUGUGGGUCAAAGUCCACAGGCCAGUCAGUGUCGGCGACACCUCCUUUGCAUUCAUCUUCAGUACCGGGGGUCAGUCAUCGCGGGGUUGCGCGCUCUACCAACAUGGGGGAAACAGACUGAGGGCAACAGUGGCAGACGGCAGACGGGAGUGGAUUGUGGAGGUCAAGUUCGUUUCCAAUGAUGACCACUGGGUCCACCUUGCCAUAUCGUGGCGGCAGUCAUUAGGCUUGGUCCUGUACAUCGAUGGUAACACCCACGGUAGGGACCGCACGGGACACGUGCGCCUCCGACAUCACGACCUGGACAGUCGGUUACUGGUAGGACGACGGAACGACUACCUGGCCGGCUUUGCCAACGUGACCCUUGAAUGGCUGGCCAUCUGGGAGCAUUACAUAGAACCAUGGGAGGCAAGGAGGGAAAUGGGUCUCGUAGAAAAUGACCAAUAUGCAACAGCCACGUACUACUGGAACCAACAACGAUUCAUUAGCAGUACCUUUGAUAUCCUGGCAAAUUCUGGAGGCACUGAAGGGCCAAGUGGAGAUGUCACAGUGCCAUACGCUGACGUGGUAGACUUAAGCAGCCCAGGUGCUUAUCUUAAUCUCGGUGAUUUUAUGGGAAGGUGUGUUACCGACCCUACUAAGUGCAGCACUGGUUUAAGCGUCUCCCUCUGGUUAAGAUAUCAGCAUGGCAUUAAAUCUAGCAAACCGUCAAUUAUAAUCAGAACUAGAGACUUAAAUGGAAAAGACCAGCCAGGUUUUGUCAUGUUCGUAUUAGAUGCAGUACUGUGGCUGGGGGUACAGAGUUCACCAGGCCGUUGGUUUGCUUCAUUAGAAGUGGAGCAUUUCCCCAACGACAUUUGGACCAAUGUGGCAUUUACAUGGAGUGAAGCACGAAACCUCGUCCUUUACAUCAACGGCUUCCAGUUCACGGGAAGAAUUAACUAUCGCUUUGAGCCGAAGUCCAUCUCUCCUAAUCCUACACCACAAUUGAUCGUGGGAGCGACCAGCACCCCAACACCGUCACAUCCAGUGACCUUUCAAGUUCAUAGUUUGGCAAUUUGGGAGAGUUAUAUCGAACGGUGGAAUAUUAACCAACUGCUUGGGAUGUCAAAGUCUGAGCUCUAUUGCUUCAAGUACGGAGACUACUGCUGGUCGUUUGAGCCCACCCUACGCCUGCGUCACCCGUUUGAGCUCAGCCCUGCCGGGGCUACGUUCACCUCGGACCGUCGCGAUCAGGGAACAGCCCUCUGCACCGACGGCCGUAGCGGGUGGAUAUCCCUGGGCGAUUUCUCCGCGCAGUGCCCGGCGCGCCCGUCGGCCUGUGAGCAUGGCUUCAUCGUUGCAAUGUGGGUCAAGUUGACGGAGGUCACUUCUCACCGACGCAGUGGUUACCUGCUCAGUGUUGGAGCUGAGGAACAGGGGGAGAGUGGCUUGUCUCUUUUUCAAUCCAUCACCGGUAUCCGGGCGAAGGUGGUUGACGACAACCUGUCCUGGGAGACCAAUAUUAAAUCCUCUUGGUUGACCUUUGACCGGUGGAUCUAUCUUACUAUCAAGUGGACAGGUCAAAUACUCGUGAUUGACAUUGGUGGCGAGGAACUGCCCACUACUACUCACAUCUAUGCGUCUAGCUUUCAUGGUGCCAAUACCCACUUCAAAGACAACACACCACUCAUGACUCUGGGCAAGUCCAUUCAUGACAACAGGGGUUUCCUCGCGGCGUGCUAUGAUGAUGUUCUGCUCCUGCUGCCUAAGAGGGCUGGCGAGGACUUACCCUACCAAAAUAGUUCAGUCCAAGAAAAUGAGAACCAGUUUAAGCUAGACGAACCUGGUCCCGAGACUGCCAGAGAAGAGUGUAAGAUUAUCCAUGAAGCAGACUGUGCAACAACCAUUGAGGAGUUAUUGUAUGUGGUAGGUUAA